CGUUUCCUUUAUUAAGUUUGCGAUGUAUUGAACUUGUUCUUUAUUCAUGUUGAAAAAAUAUCGAAACAUAGUUAUGAAAUCCGUAAUCUUUAACCUUUGUCCUUUGGAAGUUUCCUCUCAAUCAUUAAUUGACAUAGAGCUACUAGGUCUUAGCGUACUUUCAUGCUCUCUAUCCGGUAUCAGGCUGUGUGGAAGGACAUCUGCAGAAUUUCUGCAUUAUUGAAAUAACAAUGAACGUUGCCAUUGCAACCACGAUUAUGAAAAUGCAAAGUGCAUAACUUAGUAAGCUGAAAAGGCCUUUUAGUUUCGUUUUACUUAGCAAGUGAAAAUGACACAGCUGUGCAUUGCUGAUCAGUAGAAAUCGCCAACAAUUUAAAUACAAUUUAUGCUGUUGUCGUAUUAGUUACCAUACAACUUGUAUUUUAUCAUUUUGGAACCAAUUCUCAAACGUACGAGUGCCGGAAAUGUUGGCAAAGUUCAUUGUUUCGUGCUACGAAAGCUAAAUUGUAAGAAACGCUUUUCUUUUUACUGUUAUGUGUUGCGUAAUCGACCAAUUACUUCUGAAAAUAUUUAAAUGGUACGUAUGAACUCAUAUUUUACAACAAUUAUUUAUUUAUGCAAUGACUUUGUGAUGAACCUUUAUUUUGUUUAAUACAACUGAAAAAAUAACGAUUUUCACAAAUAUAUUUUCAGCAUAAGGCUUUCCAAUGCUGAAAUAUAAGAGACUAGUGUAGCUCACAAUUCUCAAUUUUUAAAUACAGUGGUGCAAUUUAUACUCGUAAUGUCCUUUUAAAAACCCAUCGAAAUGGUCGGAGAAUACAUAGCACCUAAUAAAAGUACUAGUAGUACCCGGCUUCUAUGUUUAUUAGGCAACAUAUUGCCGGUGUUUGUAAUAACGAGUAGGUAAUAGUUGUGGAAACGUAAAUGUAAAAUUUGCUGAUUUAAAUCCAGAGUUUUCAUUGCAGAGUUUUAAAAUUACAAAACUGAUUUAGUUGCACGCAGGUCGAUUUCAUCACAUGUCAUUCAUAAACCUAUAAAUAUUAUUGUUACAUGAUGAUAAAAACGACGAUAAAACUUUCACAGGCAAAUUGCGGUCUAUUAGAGAUUUCUUUAUGCGAUAAAAGGUCCCGAUGUUUGGGGAGGCUCAUCCAACAAGGCUCGGGCGGGCGCGUGCGGGGCCUAGCGGCCAUUAGCAUGCGGCCCGCGACACGCGCGAACCUACUUACCAUGAGCAAUGCGGAACGCACUGGGCUCACUCAGAGAAUUUAAUUGUGUUCCAUUAUCAUAUUUAGGUUCUUUUACGGUAAGUCAAAAGUGAAAACUCAAUGGGAGUCAACGUCGCUUGUCAUUCGUAAGCCGCGAUCGAUGGCGACAACUUCUUUCGCCCGGUAGACCGAGGAUUAGCAACAUGGCGAUCUUCAAAUAUAUUGCCGUUAUAUUAGCGUGUGGCGCGUGCGUUUCUGCAAUUGUUGGGCCAGGAAACGAAACCAAGUCUGCAUUAUCUAAAACUGAUACGUAUUUAGAUGCGUACUCUAAAUCGCGCAUUGAAGCUGAGAAGGCAAAACAAGGUGUAGUGAUAAUAACAGCAAAGGAUGGAGAAAAGAAGAUUUCAAACCGAGAUGACAGUUACCAGUCUGCCUCCGGCUACGACUACUCACCGCCGUUUUCAAGUGACAGCAGUUUCAGUUCUUCAGGAUCGUCGAGUUAUUCUGGGUCCAAUAGUUAUUCGUCUCCGUCGUCUAGUUAUGGACCACCUGUGAAGUUUGAACCUGAAAUAACAUACAAUGCUCCUCCGAACACUUAUGGUCCUCCUUCUCCAAAUUAUGGACCUCCGGCGCAUAGCUAUGGGCCGCCAGCUCCUUCGUACGGCCCUCCAGCCCAGACGUACGGACCUCCAGCUCAAUCAUACGGCCCACCAAUUCAUAAGCCUUUGCCACCACCAAUAUAUGGGCCACCCCUGAAACCAUCUUACGGGGUACCCUACACUGCACCCGCCCUAGGAUUUUUGGAUAAAUUGUCGUUGAAACUAGACAUCUUGACAAUAGCAAAAUUGCUGUUGAAACUUUUGAUCUUCAAGAAGCUUGUGACUAUGCUUGCCGUGGUUUGUAUGUUGUUGGUGAUACCGAAACUUAUUUCAUUCAAAAAGGACAACAAUGGCGGUGGCAACACUGACGAGGAUGAGCGAAACUUUGGAGCCAAAAACUUGGUGGAGUUAACUUCGGUUCAUCAGUUGUUGGAGCGAGCUAUCUCCGUGUACGGACAGCAGCAGCCGAACUGUAACGUCACGUGUCGCGUGCGCAGAGUCCUAGACGACAUCUACGAAUUUCAACCUUAUUUCAGGGGAGAUUCAUCAUAACUAACUCACAGUUAUGCUGUCAACGGUCGUUGUUCUAAUGGAUGCUGGUUAUAGCAGGUGCCAUUGAAAUUAGUCUGAUUCCAGUCAAAAGACUUUAACGUACCUAUUUAUUUACUUAUUUAUUUAAAUUAUUUGUAGAUAGUUAUUUAUUGUGAUUAUAAGUUAAAUAAAGAAUUUUAUUAUUU